CCUAACUCUUGAUUAAGGAGACUAGCUUGAACUCUAACUCAGUUCAACACAAGCUUCACUCUCCUCAACACAGCAAAUUUAUGUGAACUUUUAGAUAAAACUGGAAGAAACGAGUUCACGAGUACUGUGCAGGAGGUGUUGGGGGUGCUGACUACUCUUGGUACAAAUUUAAAGAUGGCAGGCAUGAGGCCCAGCAUUCAAGCAGACCCUGAAAUCGAGCUUUUUGUAAAGGCCGGAAUUGAUGGGGAGAGUAUUGGGAACUGUCCCUUUUGCCAACGACUUUUCAUGAUCUUGUGGCUUAAAGGAGUCAAAUUCAAUGUGACUACUGUUGACAUGACUAGAAAGCCUGAAGAGCUGAAGGACUUAGCCCCAGGUACCAACCCUCCUUUCCUGGUGUAUAACAAAGAGUUGAAAACAGACUUCAUUAAAAUUGAGGAGUUUCUAGAGCAGACACUGGCUCCUCCAAGGUAUCCUCACCUGAGUCCCAAGAACAUGGAUUCCUUUAUUGUGGGCUGUAACCUCUUUGCUAAAUUUUCUGCAUACAUUAAGAAUACACAGAAGGAGGCAAAUAAAAAUUUUGAAAAGUCUCUGCUCAGAGAAUUUAAACGUCUGGAUGACUAUUUAAACACCCCACUUCUGGAUGAAAUUGAUCCAUACAGCCCUGAAGAACUCAGAGUUUCCAGAAGAUUGUUCUUGGAUGGAGAUAAACUGACAUUAGCUGACUGCAGCCUACUACCCAAAUUGAACAUCAUUAAAGUUGCUGCCAAGAAAUAUCGUAACUUUGAAAUUCCAGCAGAGUUCUCAGGAGUCUGGCGCUAUCUCCAAAAUGCCUAUGCCCGUGAAGAAUUUACCCACACGUGCCCUGAAGACAAGGAAAUUGAACAUACCUAUGCAACUGUGGCUAAACAAAAGAGUUAGAAUUGUUCUUUCAUUAAAAAAAAGAAAGCUCUCUUAACAAAUUUCAUUUGCUAACACAGCAGAAAAUGUAUUGGAUAUAAGAAUAUGUAAAAUGGUUUUCUCUAGCCACCUCUUAUGAAAAAUAGUGCUAUAUUUUCUGUACUUUUCCCACUGUGUAUUUACAAGGUUUUCAUAUUUUCACUUUAUUUCCUCCACUUUCAUGACAUAACCAUUGCAAUCUUAAAUGAUAUGGAGAGCAUCAGCAUCCUUGGCUAUUUGAUCAAAUUAGUAAAAUGUAUCAUGCUCAACAGAUAUGGAAAGUUACAAAUGUCAUAAGUGUAAACACAAUCACAAACUGUUUCUUAAAAAUAUUUCCAUCUAGGGGCUGGAGAGAUAGCACAGCAGGUAGGGCGUUUGCCUUGCACGCGGCCAACCCGGGUUCAAAUCCCAGCAUCCCAUAUGGUCCCCUGAGCACGGCCAGGGGUAAUUCCUGAGUGCAGAGCCAGGAGUAACCCCUGUGCAUCGCCAGGUGUGAACCAAAAAGAAAAAAAAUAUUUCCAUCUAAAUCAUUAAAAAUAUAUAUAUUUUAGUUUGUCACACGGAUAUUUAUUUCUGAAAUGGAUAAUGAAAUCAUAGAUUUAACAUAUCAUAUAGGCAAAUCCUAAAAUAAAUGAUUAAGAAAAAGUCAGUUUUAGGUGCCAGAGAGAUAGUACAGAGGGUGAGGCCGUUUCUUUCCAUGACAACACCCAGGUUUUAUCCCCAGUACUGCAGGUGGUCCCCAAGCACCAACAAGAGUGAUCCCUGAGAAUAGCUAUGUGUGUCCCAAAAACCAAGAAUAUAAAACAAAGACCAAGAAAAUGACAACUCUAGGAAAAAAUAAAGAUGAGCUGGUCACAAAAUGGUGUUUAACAUCUGAUAUAUUAUUGCCGCAUAGUCAGAGAUGAUAAUGAGACUAUUAUCUGUAUGACUAGAUUAUAUUGCUGUUGUUAAUGAGUAAGCAGUCAUUAGAUUAAAAGUAUAAUAGAGGGGCCGGAGAGAUAGAAUGGCUGGUAGGGUGUUUGUUUUCCUUGCAUGUGGUCAACCCAGGUUCAGUACCCAGCAUCCUGUAUGGUACCCCGAGUCCACCAAGAGUGAUUCCCAAGCACAGAGGCAGAAGGAAAUCCUGAGCUCUUCCAGGGAUGACCCCCAAACAACAGCAAAAUAUAAUAGAGGGAAAGGGAUAUGGGUAAAAUGGUGAUAGAUGUGGUGUUGCAAUUAUGUCCAUAUGCAACCGUU